AAUGGAGGGCGAUGCAAGAUGGCGGCGCUACCUGAGGAGCCGGCGGAGGUGGUGGCGGUAAAGCCGGACCCCGAGGCGGGGACGCCGCCGCAGCCCCCCGCUGCUCCUCCAGCCGCCGCCGCCGCCGCUCCCGCCGCUCCUCCGGCCGCGGCGGUGGAGGUGGAGGCGGCGGGGAACGGUGGGGAGGCGGCACCCCCUAAGCAGGCGGCACCGGGCCCGGCCGCUUCCCCGGCGGCGCUGGACCGGCAGACGCUCGUGGCCGUGCUGCAGUUUCUGCGGCGCAGCAACCUCCGCGAGUCCGAGGAGAUCCUGCGCCGCGAAGCCCGCCUUCUCGGCGACGACCUCGGUGCCGCUGCCCUCAGCCCCGCCGGCGCCGGGCUUCUGGGAGCCCCGGGCGGCGAUGCGGACUCCGCCGGCGGCGAGGCGCUGCUCAGCCGGGUCACCGCCGCUGCCACCAUCGCGAUAGGAGGCAGCGUCGCCACUGUCGCGUCUUCCAGCCCCGGGGUGGCGGCGGUCGCCGCCGUGCCGCCGGGGAAAGUUGGAGGAGGCAUUGUUGUGGAAGAUCAGCCAGAUGUGAGUGCAGUAUUGUCUGCCUACAAUCAACAGGGGGACCCGACGCUGUAUGAGGAAUACUACAGUGGAUUAAAACACUUCAUUGAGUGUUCCCUGGACUGUCAUCGAGCAGAAUUGUCUCAGCUGUUUUAUCCUCUCUUUGUGCACAUGUACUUGGAAUUGGUCUACAAUCAACAUGAGAGUGAAGCAAAGUCUUUUUUUGAAAGAUUUCAUGGGGAUCAGGAGUGCUAUUACCAGGAUGACCUGCGUGUAUUAUCUAGCUUAACCAAAAAAGAACAUAUGAAAGGUAAUGAGACCAUGCUGGAUUUCCGAACAAGCAAGUUUGUGCUGCGUAUUUCCCGUGACUCUUACCAACUCUUGAAGAGGCAUCUUCAGGAAAAGCAGAACAACCAGAUCUGGAACAUUGUUCAGGAACAUCUUUACAUUGAUAUCUUUGAUGGAAUGCCUCGCAGUAAACAACAGAUAGAUGCUAUGGUUGGAAGCUUGGCUGGGGAGGCAAAACGAGAAGCUAAUAAAGCAAAGGUUUUCUUUGGCUUAUUGAAAGAACCAGAGUUUGAUGUGCCUUUGGAUGAUGAAGAUGAAGAAGGGGAAAAUGAGGAAGGAAAGCCAAAGAAGAAAAAACCUAAAAAAGAUAGUGUAGGGUCAAAAAGUAAAAAACAAGACCCUAAUGCUCCUCCCCAAAACAGAAUUCCUCUGCCUGAACUGAAAGACUCUGACAAGCUGGAUAAAGUAAUGAAUAUGAAGGAAGCUGCAAGGCGUGUGCGUCUUGGCCCAGAGUGCCUGCCCUCCAUCUGUUUCUACACGUUCCUUAAUGCUUACCAGGGUCUGACUGCAGUGGAUAUUACAGAUGACUCUAGUAUGAUUGUAGGAGGCUUUGCUGACUCUACUGUCAGAGUGUGGUCCGUGACUCCAAAAAAGCUACGUAGUGUGAAAACAGCAGCAGACCUCAGUCUCAUCGACAAAGAAUCAGAUGAUGUAUUGGAGAGGAUCAUGGAUGAGAAAACAGCAAGUGAGUUGAAGAUUUUAUAUGGUCACAGUGGACCUGUCUAUGGCACCAGCUUCAGUCCUGAUAGGAACUAUCUGUUGUCCUGUUCUGAGGAUGGCACUGUCAGAUUGUGGAGUCUCCAAACAUUCACAUGUUUGGUGGGAUAUAAAGGACACAACUAUCCAGUAUGGGAUACACAAUUCUCACCUUAUGGUUAUUACUUCGUGUCAGGGGGACAUGACAGAGUGGCUCGUCUGUGGGCAACAGAUCACUACCAGCCUUUACGGAUAUUUGCUGGCCAUCUUGCUGAUGUGACAUGUACCCGAUUUCAUCCAAACUCCAACUAUAUUGCCACGGGCUCGGCAGACAGGACUAUACGGCUCUGGGAUGUUUUGAAUGGGAAUUGUGUAAGAAUAUUCACUGGACAUAAGGGACCAAUUCAUUCAUUGGCAUUUUCUCCUAAUGGACGAUUCCUGGCUACUGGAGCAACAGAUGGAAGAGUUCUACUGUGGGAUAUUGGACAUGGCUUGAUGGUUGGAGAAUUGAAAGGGCACACUGACACUAUCUACGCACUCAGAUUCAGUAGAGAUGGGGAAAUUUUAGCAUCAGGUUCAAUGGAUAACACAGUUCGUCUGUGGGAUGCUGUGAAGGCAUUUGAAGACUUAGAAACCGAUGACUUUACUACAGCCACUGGGCAUAUAAACUUGCCUGAAAACUCACAGGACUUGUUACUAGGUACAUACAUGACCAAAUCAACCCCGGUUGUACACCUCCAUUUUACACGCAGAAACUUGCUGCUGGCUGCAGGAGCCUACAGUUCACAGUAAAUCAGGAAGCUGUAAGACUGACUGCGCCAAGUCAUUGCAGUAGUGACCUCAUAUGUGAGAUGAGAAGGAGAGUCUUGUACAGGUGGAUCCCACUAGUCUGUUGCAGGAAAAAUGAAACUAUGUAAACUAAUGCAAGCAGCGUUUUUCAGUUCUGCUAUUUCAUGUUUAUCCACAGUUUGAAAAUGCUGGAGAUUGACAAGACAUCGUGGCUGUAAAAGAAGGAAUUGUUCAUGGUGCUUUUGAUAAAAAUAUAUAUAUGUAUAUGAAAAUGGCUGUCUCUUCUCAGAGAUGGUAUUGAGCUCUGCUGAAACUUGUGGAAAGUUAACAGCCUUGGUAUGUGUUCUCAAAUGAUUUUUUUUUUUAAAGCACUUAAUUUAUGGUUAGCAAAUGUUUAAUCAAUCUCAAACACAAGCAAAAACUGGUCAGUUUCAGAAAAGAAUGUAGUUUAAUUCACUAUAGCCUGGGCUGGGCAACAGGCAUGGUGAGAGUAUCACAGCAACAAACAGGGCAUUGAAAGAAUAGGUCCAACAGGCAGAGGCUUGUGGGGAACUGCCACAAAGUUGUGUGUGGGGGUUUUAUGCAUCCAAGUACUAAGUCCUGAAAAGAUUUCAAACUCCUAUGCUCUUCUGAGGUACUGGAAAUGCAGAUCUUGUUACUCUGUUUUCACAGGUAGCCAAUGCUGUAAGUGUGAUAAGCAACCAGAAGUGCAAUGUGAACUUUAUUUACUUUCAUACUUUAUUGUAUGAAGAAAAAAAAAGGGACUGAGGCACAACUGAAAUACCUGUUAUUAAAAAAGUGGACUUAAAGCCUUUUAUGUUGUAUUAGAUCUAGAAGAACUUUAAAAACCUGCAUCCUUUGUGCAUAAGGUUUAAUGUAUCAAAAUGUAAAACUAGCCAAGAAAUUGAAAUACUAUUGCAGAGUAAAAGGAUUAUUCAGUCCUAACUGUAUUAUCAGUUUGCUUUUGAAAGGCCAGCUUGUCUGCUGAAGUGACAAUUUCUACCCAUAAAAACAUUGUACCCUAGUAAGUCCUCCUGGACAACCAGUAAAGCUCAGUGCUUUAUUUCUAAUGAAGAGCAAAACACGCAAAACACUGUGAAGUAUAACUUCUUUCUGGGUCUUUGAACAGAAAACACCACCACCAAAGGACAGGCCCAGUUCAGUGUGGUUUUGGGUUUGUUUUUGUUUUGUUUUUUUUUUUUUGGGGGGGGGUUGUCUUUUUUUUUUUUUUUUUGGUUGUACGUGGGGUUUUUUUGGUUUGUUUUUGGUUUUUUCCCAAAUCUCUUACAAGUUGUAUACAGGGAAAUCUGUUUUGUGUUCCUCGUUACUUUCCAGUAAGGGCUUGGACACUUGAACAAUCUGCUGGCUCUCUAGUGAAAAUAAAAACAAGACUUGACAUUUCUAAGGUAAAGUAAAUAGAGAACUACCUCCCCUCUCAUCCCUUCUCUGACUCUAAGUCUUGGAGUAAAGGUAUAUUACAAGCAUUAUACAUCAAAAUAAAGGGUGGAAAAGUCAUUAGGAAGCUUACCUGGAAAUUUUCUUUAAGAAAAAAGGUUAAAACUACAUUAUGCAUUUUUUUUGUGUAAUGGUACCUCAACAAAAUUUCCUAGCUCUCAGUGUGACCAGUUGGAUUUAAGUACAGUUAUGGUGAAUCAAACAAGUUACCUAAAACAAAGCAUGUACAGCUUAAAGAAAACACUGCCACAUUCUGCCUUUGUAUUUUGUACAGUUUUAUACUUUUGAUAUUAUAAUAAAUACUAAAACCACA